AAAAAUCCGUGCCGGAAGUGAGGUCACUGUUGUCAGUUCUCGUGUGUCGUGUUGGCCGAGUGGGGAUGAGACAGGUCUCCGAAUAUAUAUAAUCUAGUGAGGGGAUUCGGAGAGACGAGAAAAAUAAUUACAAAACUGGAGAGAAAAGAGAAAAUAAUAGUGAAAUUAAGGGUGUGAAAGAGGGUGAAUUUUAGAGAAGUGUCCGAGACACAGUGUCAAAAUGGUUUUAGCGGAUUUGGGACGUAAAAUAACGUCCGCUCUGCGGUCGUUGAGCAAUGCAACUGUCAUCAACGAAGAGGUUUUGAAUUCUAUGCUAAAAGAGAUAUGCGCCGCAUUGUUAGAAGCAGAUGUAAAUAUUAGGCUGGUAAAGAAGCUACGUGAAAAUGUACGAAUGGUUAUCGACUUUGAUGACAUGGCGGGUGGUCUCAACAAACGACGGAUGAUCCAGAGCGCUGUCUUUAAAGAACUCGUCAAGUUAAUCGACCCUGGGGUAAAGCCAUAUCUUCCUGUCAAAGGAAAGGCCAAUGUCAUAAUGUUUGUCGGUCUUCAAGGUUCUGGAAAAACAACCUCUUGUACCAAACUGGCUUAUCACUAUUUGAAAAAAAAUUGGAAAGCAUGUUUAGUUUGUGCCGAUACUUUUCGUGCUGGUGCAUACGAUCAGAUCAAACAAAAUGCCACAAAAGCCAGAAUACCGUUUUAUGGAAGUUAUACAGAAGUGGAUCCCGUUGUAAUCGCUCAAGAUGGCGUUGACAUGUUCAAGAAAGAAGGAUACGAAAUAAUAAUAGUCGACACAAGUGGAAGGCACAAGCAAGAGGAAUCAUUAUUCGAGGAGAUGUUGCAAGUCUCAAAUGCUGUUCAACCCGACAACAUAAUAUUCGUGAUGGACGCGACGAUAGGUCAAGCUUGCGAGGCACAAGCAAAAGCAUUCAAAGAACGCGUCAAUGUCGGGUCUAUUAUAAUCACCAAACUCGACGGUCAUGCCAAGGGUGGUGGCGCUUUAUCGGCGGUUGCAGCGACGCAGAGUCCAGUUAUAUUUAUCGGUAUGGGUGAGCACAUAGACGAUCUUGAGCCUUUCAAGACAAAGCCGUUCAUCAGUAAACUGUUGGGCAUGGGUGAUAUCGAGGGUCUUAUAGACAAAGUUAACGAAUUGAACCUUGACGAUAACGAGGAAUUGUUGGCGAAAAUCAAACAUGGUCAAUUCACACUUCGGGACAUGUAUGAGCAAUUUCAAAAUAUCAUGAAAAUGGGACCGUUCUCACAAAUAGUGGGCAUGAUUCCGGGUUUCAGCCAAGAUUUCAUGUCAAAAGGUAACGAGCAAGAGUCAAUGGCAAGGCUGAAGCGACUUAUGACGAUAAUGGACAGCAUGAACGACGCCGAAUUGGACAGCAGAGAUGGAGCGAAAUUGUUCAGCAAGCAACCCGGAAGAAUCGUCCGAUUAGCGCGUGGUUCCGGCGUCACAGAAGCAGAGGUCAAAGACAUGAUUUCCCAAUAUACAAAAUUCGCGGCUGUGGUGAAAAAAAUGGGUGGUAUAAAGGGCUUAUUCAAGGGCGGUGAUGCAAUCAAAAAUGUUAAUCCUACACAGAUGGCCAAGCUCAAUCAACAAAUGGCCAAAAUGAUGGAUCCUCGAGUACUUCAUCAAAUUGGUGGAAUGUCGGGUCUUCAAAACAUGAUGAAGCAACUUCAACAAGGAGGAGGAGCGAGUGGUUUAGGAAAUCUUAUGGGUGGUUUUGGUGGCAAAUCUUGAGACGAGUCUCCUGGCAGGACGACAACUGCCGUAAAUAAUUCUCACUCGCAACAAACCAGGAGACACAGUCGAAUUUGAGGAACAAAAAAAGGAAAAACACCAAAUUUGAAGAAACAAAAAUAAAAAAAAAACUAGUUCGUUGACGGGCUAGUUGUCCUCCAUAUUAUUUCAUUCUAGACUCAUUGAGCGAUCGAUUGUUCCGUACUUAUUUCACUGUUCUGUCUCCCUCUCGCUCUUUCUCUUUCACUCCUACAAACUACAAAUUCAUAGUCAUGGAAAAUCUAUUAACAAAGGGCGCGGCUUUAUGAAAUUACGUGAUAAAUGGUUCGACAAUUUGUUAUUCAUUUCGCGUCGUUAUGCGUCUCGAAAUAAUUUAUAUAUGAAACACUUGAAACUCUUCGUCAUUCGAUAAUCGCCAAAAUUCCGAUCGAACGAUUUUUCCAGACCCAGGUCCGUUCCAGCCACGAAUGCAUAUUCAAAGUACGCGCUUGGCUCGCAUUCAUACAGAUAAAAUCUUGUAUUCAGCACGAAUUUAACGUUGACUUUUGUAAAUAAAUUAUUACGUAAUACAGUGAUGAAGGAAAACAUAUUAUGUUUAAUCGUUUCUAAUGAUUCUGUGCUACGUCCGUUAUUUUCCAGGUCAUUCAUCACUCGUUACAACUAGGUAUAUUUAUCAAAUACCCAUAACAAGUUAUUCCAGUUGUUACUCGAGGGAAGUUGAAUAAUUGAGAAAUAGUGGUGAGGCAAAAAAAGAAGACCUAUUUCUUGUUUCUAACAUAUAUUUUUUUCAUCAAUUAGGUUUGUUUGCAACAUUAUUAUAUAUGUUAAUAUAAAUAAAACUAUGUUUAAAUUA